CGCAUGCGCUGUUUUGUAUAUUCAAGCUAAACAACAUGGCGGCGAAACGAAUCGAGAUCUUUAUUUGAGUUUAUAAAACGCCUUCGACGAGGAUAGCAACUAAUUGGCUAUAUUUAUACAAUAAUACUUCUGAAAUAGAGAGGUAAUUGUUUAUAUAUAUAUAUUUGUUUUUACUAUUUUCUGAAAACAUGAAUUGUACCACGAACGUAGUGCAGGUGACGAACGUGUCGCCAAGCACAACAUCCGAGCAGAUGCGAAUGCUGUUCGGGUUUCUUGGAACCAUUGAAGAACUCAAAUUGUUUCCACCAGAUGAGUCGCCUCUGCCAGUGACGUCGCGUGUGUGUUUUGUGAAGUUCAAAGAGUCCGAGUCCGUGGGGGUGUCUCAACAUCUGACCAACACAGUCUUCGUGGACAGGGCGCUGAUCGUCGUCCCUUUUGCCGAAGGUGUUAUCCCGGAGGAGGCUAAAGCUUUGUCACUGCUGGCGCCAGCAAAUGCUGUUGCAGGGAUUCUGCCCGGAGGAGGUCUCCUUCCAACACCAAACCCCAUGUCUAAUCCACAGGUAGGACUUCUCCCAACACCAAACCCCAUGUCCUAUCCACAGAUGGGUGGCAAUCCUUUCGGCGGUCCCUCCUUGGAAGCGAUGGCAGCGUUCGGGUUUCCAAACCCCAAUAUGAAUAUGAACCCCCAGUCAUUUCCCACUGACCAGCUUCUGAAGUUUAUGUCGCAGGUGGAUCCAAAAAUGAACCACAUGGGUGUAGGGAUGAACAUGAACAUUAACAUGAAUCCGGGCCUGAAGGCAGACUCCUCCAACAAAGAGAUAGAAGAGGCCAUGAAGAGGGUCAGAGAGGCUCAGUCACUCAUCUCUGCUGCCAUCGAGCCUGGGAACAAGGAGAGCAAGAGGAAGCACUCGCGUUCCAGGUCCAGGUCUAGACGCAGAAGGUCCCGUUCUCGCUCCAGACACAGGCGUUCAAAGAGCAGGUCAAGGCGACGCUCGCACUCCAGGAACAGGAGGCGCUCCAAGAGCCCCCGAAGGAGGAGUGGGAGGUCCCACUCCAAAGACCGGAGCAGACCAUCACCAAGCAAGUCCAGGGAUAGGAAGAAGGAGGAGCGGGAUAAAAAGCGCUCCAAAACACCUCCGAAAAGCUACAGUACUGCCAGGAGGUCUCGCAGUAUCGAUCGAAGGCGGAGAAGGAGUCGCAGUGCCAGCCGAUCUCCUAAGAAAUCCCCCAAGAGGAAAGUCUCCAGGACUCCCUCUCCUAGAAGACAUAAGAAGGACAAGAAGAGGGACAAGGAAAGAGAGAAGGACCGUGAGCGCAGGAGCGAUAAAGACCGCAGUCGGGAUGAAAGGAAGGAAAAGAAAGAAAGGAGUAAAGACAAAGAAAAGGAAAGGGAGAAAACUGACGGGGAGAAAGGAGAUGUAAAGACGUCUUUGCAGGUCACCAGAGACUAUGAUGAGGAAGAGCAGGGCUACGACAGUGAGAAGGAGAGGGAGAGGCUGGACAAGAAAGAUUCCGACCAGGACUCCGGAGCCCAGUCUCCUCACUCGGUGGAAGGCAAUGGCACUGGGCUUUCCAAAGUCAACGGAGGCGACCACCGUGAAGAGGACGACAUGGAUGUCAGUGAUUGAGUCACCCAAUAAUAGAGACCGAUGUAUAGACCUCUAUGUACCCAACCCUCCAUUGUACCAAAACCUCCAUGCCCCACCGAGCUUACUGUAUUCGGGCUUCAUUCAACUCAACUCGAUCCUUCUUUAUCUCAGUUGAAUUGUUAGUUUUCCUUUUGGAUUGACUAGACAAAAUAGAUCAAGUAGAAGAUGAACCGAAAGAUUAACCUUCAGAUUUUUCUGUAUGUAUUAUAAUUAUUUGGUCCUAUUUUGAUGGUGAAAAUGUGAAAGGGGUGGGGUUGGUUGAAACUUUUAUUGCUGUAAUUUGAAAGUGGAUUCUAUUUGGCAAAGUGUGCGACCUGAUUUUCUUUUUUCAAGCAUAGAGCUUACAUGAUGAUGAUGGCUUUUGUGUAUUUUUUGUUUAAAUCUAGUUUCUACACAUUGCUAGGAGCGGAAGCAGCCAGUUACACUGCUUGACAAGUUCACCGUAUGUCCAUUUUCAUCAGACAUGGCUGCUACAUAGAACAGCGCUGUGGACUUAGCUUUUUAGUAUUGAGCUUCUGUACGGAAGUCGCCUCAAUAAAUUCACCAUCUAUUUUCUGUCACUCCUAUACAUGGUAUAUUGUGUUUAUAUCCCAUCCGUUAUUAUACGGAAGACGUAUACUUAUACUGGGUCUUGUGGCGCCAAAAUAAUCUGUCCUAUCUCUCACCUAUUCACAAUACCCAGUAGAUCUGAUGCUCGUUGUAAUUCUUAGAAGUUUGUAUUGUUUUAUCAGUGAUUUUUUUUUUAUAUACAAUAAAAACCUGGGGAAAGAUUU